AUGUCUGCCCAGUCAUCGUCAACAGCGAAUAUAUUUGUUGUUCUGCGUCAGCUCCGGUCACUAUGCUACUCUAAUCGCCCAGUCACAACAUCACUCAGCUACACUGCGUCGCAUCGCACUCAGUCAACUACCUCGACUAAUGCCAUAAAAACACAAUGGCAUUCAUCAGCCUCCUAUUCUACCGCUCCUCCAUCAAAGCCUGAAAAGAGGCCCGUUGAAGACAUUGACUUAUCACAACCAAUGAAAUCUAAGCCUAAGAAACCUCAACCAGCAUGGGCAGUUCAGAAGAAUGCAUUAAAAGCGAAAUUUAAAGAAGGAUGGAAGCCACGGAAGAAGGUGUCUCCUGAUACCAUGGAAAGUAUCCGCAAACUGCAUAGCAUGGACUCUGUUAAAUAUUCGACAAAGAACCUUGCGGAAGAAUUCAAGAUCUCCCCCGAGGCAAUUCGAAGGAUAUUGAAGAGCAAAUGGAGGGCCACGGAAGCAGAGGAGAUUGAUAGGAGAGAUCGAUGGGAGAAGCGAAAAAUACGGAUACAAGAACAGAUGAUGGAGCUUGGACUGAGGCAUUCUGAUCCUGUUAGCGAGGCGAGGCCCGGUCUACAGGAAGAGUUAUCCCGAGGCACCAGUGUUUGGAAUGCUACUGAAAAAACUGCUGGUGGAUACCUACCUCAAAAAAGUAAUCGGGAAUUCUUUCCGAAGAAGAGAUUUGGUGCUGAAGAAAGGUCAGCCCAGGACGGUGAUCCUUGGGAUGUUUCUGGGCGGGACGACCUUAUUGACACCAAAAGAGACUCGUUUGGAGAUAACUGGCCGCAGAACUCUCACAUGAGGAGAGGCGCUCAAAGCCGUACUCAAACGGAAGAUUACCAUCGCCAGGGCUACAGGGGGAAGCCUAACUGGUAG